CACAGCCCGUUGUUAUACCAGUGCUCAGUUGUACUUCUUUACAUAGACGUCAUUGACCGCGCGACGCCGAAACCCUAAAUGACGUAACUAGUAACAAGCACCAAUCGAUGUAUGCGAAAAUCGAGUUAUUUGUUCGUGUGAAGUUACAAAUAUUACUAAUUAUGAAUUCAUGAAUCAAAAAGAAUUCGAAACAAAAUGGAAGAUAAAAUGGAGACGAUACGACUGGAGCCGACAUCUAAUAACACCGCUCCAGCCAGCCCUGAUAAAGAUGAUAAUUCAGUUGAUUACGACCCGCAUCUUCAUCGGCAAUUAGAGAAACCAACAAACAACUUGGAGACCUUAGUGCAUCUGCUCAAAUGCAGUCUUGGCACUGGAAUACUUGCAAUGCCGCAGGCUUUCGCCCGAGCCGGCCUCGUCACCGGCAUUGUGGCCACCGUGCUGGUUGGCAUACUUGUCACGCAUUGCCUCCAUGUCUUGGUACGUUCUCAGUACGCGGCGUGCAAGAAACUCCAAGUGCCUCUGCUGUCCUACCCUGCCGCGGCGGCUACGGCGUUCAGCAACGGCCCGCCGGCAUUCCGUAGCCUUGCAAGGCCCUGCGCCAUUACUGUAGACGUAUUCCUCGUCGUUUAUCAGUUGGGAAUUUGCUGCGUCUACAUCGUUUUUAUCGCUGAUAAUAUUAAGAAGGUGGUCGAUCCUUACUACGAGAUGGCAGUCGAAAUUCACAUGUUAAUCAUUCUUAUGCCGCUGAUUGCUUUCAACUUGAUACCUAGUCUCAAAUUAUUGGCACCAUUUUCCGCGGUGGCCAACUUGAUGACAUUUGUGGGACUCGGUAUUGUUAUCUACUUCCUUCUCUCCGGCGAGAAGUCCACUGAACCAUUGGACCUGUGGGGUUCUGCGGAAACAUUUCCUUUAUUCUUCGGGACCAUAUUGUUUGCAUUGACAGCGGUUGGAGUGGUGAUCGCUUUAGAGAACAACAUGAAAACUCCAAAGGCGUUUGGUCGCCCGUGCGGCGUACUCAACACCGGCAUGACAUUUAUCGUCCUGCUUUACGUCGCAGUCGGUGCCCUUGGUUACGUAUUCUGCGUCUCGGAUUGUAGCGACUCUAUCACUCUGGACUUACCGAAGGGGGACCCGUUGGCAACGACAGUGAUAGUUAUGUUCGCAGUCGCCAUCUUUAUUAGCUACGGACUACAUUGUUACGUACCAGUGGAGGUACUGUGGAAAGGAUACCUGCUGCCGUGGCUCGAGGAAUCUGGCUCCAACAGAUUGCGUGUUUGGGAAUAUGCUCUCAGAGUAGCACUUUGCCUACUGACUUUUGUAUUGGCGGUAUCGGUGCCACGGCUGGGACUUUUCAUCUCACUGUUCGGUGCGCUCUGCCUCUCAGCUCUCGGGAUCUGCUUUCCGGCCAUCAUGGAAUCAUUCCUGCAGUAUCCCAAAAAGCCAAAGUUACUUCUGUUAAAAGACGCAUUGCUCUUCAUCAUCGGGAUCGUUGGACUGCUCGCUGGAACCUAUACAGCACUCAUCAGCAUUGUACGUUCUUUCCAACCUCAGGCGGUAUUGGCUGAUGGAGUAGAACAUCAUCAUGAGUGAGCGGUUUCUGUCUUCUGUUCCCUACUUCAAUAAUAAAACAUAGUACCGACCAACGCUAUUUUCUACAAAGCUUAAAGUGCCUUCACGCUUUGUCGAUCUAAAAAAAAUCAGAGUUUUACCAAUAUUUUCUACAGAAUGAACGAGAGAUAAAGUUUUCGCAUAUAACGAUUGUUGAGCUUUAAUGUUUCAUAUGUUAUCAAUUAAAAACAACGGUUAUUUUGCUAAGCUAUAAGGAUUAUUAAACUCAAUUCUUUUACAGUCUAAGUGGAAAAGUGAAACUGCGAAUGAGUCGCUCGAAUUAGUUAAGGAUGCAGAAUACUGUCUAUUUACAA